AUGCAGAACAUCCAGAUACUGGAGGAGGCGGCGUUUAUUAUGGACCUGGCUGAGGCCAUAAUGGGACAGACACAUAUUCAGCAGCUCCCGACGGGAACCAUCCUACAGGGUCUCGAGCAGCGAAUGGACGCUCUUGCGCAAGAAAUGAUCGAUCUGGGGGUUGAAGAUGUUCAUGAUGGCCGGAUCGCUGAGGCAAUCUGGGAGGCCACAUGGGAACCCUAG